AUGAAAUUUGAUCUUCAAGGAAUUGGAAACGAAAGAGACUUCGUUGAUCCAUCUAUAAAGCAAGUAAGUAUACUUGACCAAGUAGAGAUUACUCAAGUAUUUCACCGUGAAGGCUUAUUGCUAUGCAUCACCAAGGACAAGUUCAAGAUUUUGGUGUGGAAUCCUUAUUUGGGGGCAAACAAGGUGGAUCCAGCCAAGAAACACUUACCGAAAGAGGAGAAGCUUGCGGUCUUGCAUGUAAGCUGGGUGAAUGCCCAUGCAGUGGAGAUUUGGGUCACAAAUAAGAUUGAUCCAGGUGCAGUUUCGUGGAUCAAGUUCGUGAAGUCCAUCUCUGUUUUUGUUGAUGAUCUAGCUGGGAAUUUCUUCAUCACGAGGAAAAGCAAGUUGCUGUGGGUCACGAUCUAG